GUCCACUAUAAACGAAUCAUGUUUGUAAUUAUACAAAGUCAUGCCUUAUGCUACCCACGAGGACAACAUUUUCAAAUUCAAGACAGGCGACAUUUGAAAAGAGAAGCAUUCAUGACUAAGUAGCACACAAGUUCAUUCUUGUCAACAAACUUUUUCUUAGAGUCAACAACUCAAGCUCCAUCGUCCUUGAAGUAGAGCAACAACUCAAAAAAAUGGAGAAGUAUCGUCGCGUCGAAAAGGUCGAGAAGGAAAAGAUUCCUCUCGGAACUAUCAAAGUCACAGCCACAGGCCGCAUUGGGACCUAUGUGACCUACGCCGCAAAGUUGUUCAAUGAUGAGGGAUUGAAGAGGUACUAUUGAUAUUGUUGUGAGGAUGAUAUGUCCAUUAUUUUCGUGUAAGUUAGUUGUAGGCUAGAAGAGUGACCUGGAAGCUCGAGUUAACUCACCAGUAAAGUUGCUUUUACAUUUAAGUACUCAAAUACAAGAAUUCGACUUCCCUCUUGCAAACGCAACUAUACAUUUUUCAACUAAUAUCCUAAUUAAUAGUAAUCCUCGUGUCUCAACUAAUAUCUUAUUUAGUCACCCACCCACUCACGACCUCCACCUCAAAAUGAACAGCAUCACAGUGAAGGCAACUGGAACGGCUCUCGCUACCUGUGUCGCUACUGCGGAGGUGGUCAAGCGCCGUUUCAAGGGGUUGCAUCAGAUCACGAAGAUUGGAACCUUGGAGAUCGAAGAUGAGUGGGAGCCGUUGGAAGAGGAUUUGGAUACGGUAAGUAGAUCGACAUCCUAUCCUAACCCAUCCUAACCUAUCCUAACCCAUCCUAACCUAUCCUAACCUAUCCUAUCCUAACCUAUCCUAUCCUAACCCAUCCUAACCUAUCCUAACCCAUCCUAACCUAUCCUAACCUAUCCUAUCCUAACCUAUCCUAUCCUAUCCUAACCUAUCCUAUCCUAACCUAUCCUAUCCUAUCCUAACCUAUCCUAUCCUAACCUAUCCUAUCCUAACCUAUCCUAUCCUAUCCUAACCUAUCCUAUCCUAACCUAUCCUAUCCUAUCCUAUCCUAUCCUAUCCUAUGAAGAUUUGGAUACAGUACGGCUUGUCUGGUACUAGAUUUACGUGGUGAAGAUAAGGUCACCUCUCUUUCUUUCGCUUAUGUAUAUAAAGAAUAUCUUGAGAAGCUUCGUCCUUCAACAGAUUGAAGAUUAGUAGUGUGUACCCUUAAAGAAUCGUAGCACCACUGGCUCUACUUCUUCUGCAUCAAGAACAACAAGUCCUUUCUUCUAAUUAAGUUCUGGACGUACACCUCGUGUUAGGUAAAUGAAUGAAUGAACGAAUUUCUUUGAUUCACUCCUUUUUACUAUUACGAACAAGUCCUUUUUACUAUUAGACUUUGAAGAUUCAUCAACGGCACCAACCAUCAAGGUCCAAACUAAGAGACGUGUUUCUUUCGUUGAGAUUCAACUCUCCAAAGAGGAAGUCGAUACCAAGACUAUCGGCUACCAAGAGCCUCUGGCAGAAGAACUCGUGAAUGAGGAUGCUCUCGAGGAACCUCGUGGCAAGGGCAGGAAGGGAAAAGGAAAAGGAAAGGUUAUGACAAGAAGCUUGUUUCUUGGUAAAGAUUUAGAUCAUUUCUUGUUGCGACAAAAAGGUUGUUUCUUGGUACUAAAGAUCAUUUCUUGGUGCUAUUAACUGCACCAGCUCUUUAAUACUUAGACUAUAUUUAAUCGACAAGCUACUCUAUCCUUUAUCUACAUUCAUUUCUUUUUACUUUUCCUAGUUAGAUUGGCUCCACCCAUACUAUAUAAUCGACAAGGUUGUAGUUGUUCUCAACAUCAUGAUCAUAACCGCAAAGAUAUAUCCUUCUGAAGAUCUUACACUUCUAAUACCCGCAAAGGAAAGGGAAAAGGCCGUGGCAAGGGAAAGCGUUCUAAGGGCUCUGGAAAGCAGAAGUCCGAGUCCGACGUCAAAGACGAUGGAGAGAAAAAGGAGAAAAAGCCCAAGCGAUCGCGUAAGGGGAAGGGAAAACGUGCCGCAGAAAAAGAGAAGGCAGAGGGGGCAGAAGAAUAAAACCACCUCUAACAUGGUUUGGCGGAUAUAUGAAUAAAGAGUCUGUUCUAUAAAAAAGACAGCCUGCUUGUUGUACCCAAGUACUUAUUCUCUUGACAUACUCAGUCAUACUCAUACUUGAGAUAAUGUUCUUGUCAACAUUAUAGAGGAUGAUGUGGUACUGCUCGUCGCUGUACGAGACCUAUCACUCGAUGUAGUUGUUGUACUCAUCUGAGAACAUGGAAACAAUAAAACUUGAUGAUAACGGUGGAGUUUCCCAUACAUGUGAGUUAUAUGUAGAGUACGCACGUGUGCGUGAGCCUCUACUGCGGUGCCACAUGGAUGUGCCAGGCAAGAUAGAGACGUGUGAAUACUCUCAUGUAAACUAGCGUUGUACGAAUGAGUUCUUAAAUCUGACGAAGUAGAAGUUGUUUGUUGAUUAUGGAGGAGGUAGAAAUUAUAGAGUCGACAGAACGAUUCAUAGUUGAACGACUAGGCCCCUAGGGCUUCGCUUGAGGUUUCUGCUACCUCUCUAGACGUUUCCAAACUGUCCUGUACUCCUGUCCUGGUGUACUCCUGUCCCGGUGUACUCCUGUCCUGGUGUACUCCUGUCCUGUGGUCCUGUCCUGGUGUACUCCUGUCCUGUGGUCCUGUCAUGGAGGAGGUAGAAAUUAUAGAGUCGACAGAACGACUCAUAGGUGAACGAUUAUCAGACGGAGAUUUGGCACCCACUGACAUUCUCCCACGAGUUCUCCCAUGGAGGAACCACAGAGACAUUCUCCCAGAAGACGAAACAGAACCCCCCAAACCCACAAUAUGUGCUUCUUCGAUGUGAAAAAUGUCUUCAGCAGAAAUGAAAAUGAAAAAAUGUUUUGAAAUCCAAUGAAUGACCUCUGUUUUUCGUAGACGGCAUGCGUGUCUCGUAGCGGGGUAUUAUCAAGGAAGCUUAGUACACUGACUC